AAUUAAUUUGAUUAAGGGUAAAUAUGUCCAAAUAAAAAAGUUGCAACGACUAAAUUUGAGCGCCAACAGAUUCACGAACGAGUUACCAUCUUCACUCGGUAACUUGACUUUGUUGAACACGCUAUACUUGACGAGAAACAACAUAUCGGGAAGUGUACCUCCGAGCCUCGUUAACUGUGUCAAUUUGUUAGAGUUGGAUUUUUCUCGUAACAAUCUUAGCGGUCCGAUUCCGAAAGAACUGAUGAGUCUUUCUUCGCUUUCUGUCGCCGUCGACUUGUCCGACAACGCUUUCUCGGGUUCUAUUCCAGCCGAAAUCGGUUCUUUGAGAAACCUCGCUUGGUUAGAUUUGUCCAACAAUAGAUUAUCCGGACUUUUCCCGAACACUAUAAGCAGCUGCACAAACUUGCAGUGGCUUUACGUCGAGAAUAAUUCGUUUUACGGAGAAAUACCUCAGGGCAUGAGUGAUUUGAGAGGCUUACUAGAGUUGGAACUAUCGACGAAUAACUUUUCGGGACCGAUCCCGAGAUUCUUGGCAGAGAUUCCUCUACAACUGUUGAAUAUUUCGUUCAAUAGACUUCAAGGGCCUGUCCCGAAUGACGGGAUUUUUCGUAACCAGAGUGCGUUUUCAGUCGAAGGGAAUGCUGACUUAUGUGGCGGCAUUCCCGAGCUGAAACUUCCUCCUUGCCCGUCAAAAAAUCCCGAGACGAAGAAAAACUCUUCUGUUUCAUUGAAAGUCUUGAUCCCGAUUGUAGUUUCUGGUGCCGUAUUCGUCUCUCUCGUAGUGUGCUGGUACAUACUCGUUCGACGGAAGAAAAAGUCGAUAAAGAACCUAUACGUGUCGUCGUUCGAGAGCAAGUUUCGGAGACUUUCUUACGCAGACCUUUUAAGAGCAACGAGUGGAUUCUCCGAGGCUAACAUUGUCGGAAACGGAAGAUUCAGCACCGUGUACAAAGGAAUUCUCGACGAUGGAGAAACGACGGUAGCAGUUAAAGUACUCAAUCUCCGAGUCAGAGGAGCGGUCAAAAGUUUCGAAUCGGAGUGCAAAGCGCUGCGAGUUGCUCGACACCGAAAUCUUUUGAAGAUACUAUCUAUCUCUGUGAGCAUCGACUUCCAAAUGAACGAUUUUAUGGCGUUGAUAUUUCGGUUCAAGGCGAACGGAAGCUUGGAGGAGUGGUUGCAUCAGAGUAUAAGGUAUAUUCCGUUGAUGAAGAGGGUGGAUAUUGCGAUCGACAUUGCGUCUGCGGUCGAGUAUUUGCAUAACGGAACUGGUUCGAAAUCGGCUAUAGUCCACGGCGAUUUAAAGCCGAGUAACGUACUAUUGGACGAUGAUAUGACUGCGCACGUCGGUGACUUUGGAUUGGCGAAAGUGAUUUCCGAUAUUUCGACUAACUUUGCAGCAGACGAGAGCGCUUCUUCGAUUGCAGUAAAAGGGACCAUAGGCUAUAUUGCACCAGAAUACGGAAUGUCUGGUGUAAUUUCGACACAAGGGGAUGUGUAUAGCUACGGUGUACUCUUGCUGGAGAUGUUCACAAACGUACGGCCGACGAGCGAUGCAUUGUCAUCAAACGAUCAAAAUCUUCAUAGUUAUGUUAGGAAUUGCUUACCGAAUAGAUCGAUUGAGGUUUUGGAUCCGUUCGUAGUGCUAAACGAAGGCGACACGUUCAGCACUAGUGUUAUGAACUGUGUGGCUUCUGUAUUUGGAAUUGGAGUCGCGUGUUCGAGAGAGCAUGCACAUGAUCGGAUAUCGAUGGCGGACGUUGUUAUCGAACUCAAACGAAUUAAGGCUAGCGCUUGUUCGAAUCGAGGAUUGUUGAACUAGUUAUUAUCUUUUAUUUUCUUUCUAUAUUGGUCAAGAUUUAAAUUGAGGAAAUUACAGUUUGUAUUCAUCGAGUUUGUACUGAUUUCACAUUUGGUCCUCAACGUUCAUGAAAAACAUAUUUGGUCC